AUGGAGCUGUUGCAGCUUUAUAUUUUGUUUGGAGCUGUUUUGAAACUUUCUUCAGGCAUUGCCUACAAUACUGAAGAGGUGUCCACUUCACGUUUUGCCUGCUACACAGACAUUUUCACGAAUAAUAUUGCAAAGAUUAAAGAAAUCAAACUGUAUCUUCCAGAAAAAAGCUUAAAAGUCAUCUGCCAUUUGUAUGAUAAAAAUGAAGAAGAUACCAAGGAGAACAGAAGAAAGAAUCUACUGCACUAUGCCUCAGCAGGUCUUGCGCCCAGCAUACAGAUCUUCAACAGUACCUACUCAGAAGUCUUCUACUUCGAAAUGGCUCUGGGAGAAGAAGUGGAUUCAUGGUCGAUUGAUAUUCCUAGAGAACAGAUUACAUAUAAUACAGAUAUUGCUCCAGUAGAGGAAUGGUUUGUAGAAUUCAAUAUGCAUCAUGGGUUAGGUAUGUUCACUACCGAAGGAACAUUAUUGGAUGUAAAGCGAGAGCCAAUUCUUCAGUGGAUUUAUAAACUUGGUCCUUCUGUAGAUAUUAAUAAUACAAUAAGUGAGGUAAUAGAUUUGCAAAUAACGAAGAGUCCUUGUGCAAGUGAUGUAGCAGUAGUUGGUCUGAUUUAUAGUAAGAAAGAUACAGGAAUAAUUAUAGGAAUCACUGAAGAUGGAUUUAUGAAUCGAGAUACAAUUUGGCGUAACAUAACAGAUAACAUUUGUGUUCUCAUGGAUUACGAUUGUUCUGGUCUUGCACUUGUGGAUAUCAUUCUAAUAAAUACUCGUUUAAUAAUGCUUACUACACUGGGUCUGUUUGUCAGUGAGGAUCUGCGGUAUCCUUCUGGACAAAAUUUGAAAUUCAACAAACCAGCUUUAUGUGGCUUUGAAAUGGAUGAUUAUUACAGAGCAAAAAUCUGGUAUAGUCUUCAGUGUUUAGCUAAUAGAGAACACUUUGAAGCUGAUUAUGUUAGCCUCUCAUUCAACAAAGAUAAGACAUUGAGCCAGGAAUCCACCUGCUUCUAUAGUAAUGAUUCUUUUACAAAAUGGCACAGUUGCUUACCACAAAGAUUACCAUCUGAAAAGCAUAUUUCUAGACGGGUAGUUUCUUUUGUUGUUGAUUAUGAGCAGAAUACUGGCGUAGCUCUAUUAUCUCAACAGAACAGAAAACUCGUAUCUGUGCAUAAAUUAAUAAAUGGUGCAAUGAAUAGGCGAAGCAAAUUUCCUGCCUUCUGGUUUCCAGAUCCACGCUUUGUGCCAUCUGGAUUAUUUUUUCAUCCGAGCAGUCAUUUUUUGUAUGUUUAUGGAAACCAGGUGUGGGGUUCUUUUGAUGGAGGCAACUCAUUUGUCCCCAUGUUUCUUCUAAGUAAUGAGACUAUUAUAAGCUCAGACUCAUGUGUUCACACUCAGGGAAUCGUAUUUGUUUCAGACAAGGCAAAUAUUUAUUACACUAAAGCAGGAUCAACAAAAUAUACCUGGCUUACAAAAUUGCCACUUGGUGUUUUCAGCAUGUACUUUGAUCACCUGGGAAUGUUGAGUUCUAUAAGUCUAAAUAGCACAUCUGAAGAUAGUAUAUCAGCUUUUAUGAUGGAUGUGAACACUUUAUUGGAGAACGCUGACUUAGGUUUUGAGAGUCCUUUAUCUGCACAAUAUAUUACUGAGGAACAAAUGCUGUUUUUUCACCAAGGGGCAAAAGGUACUAAACCAACGUUCUCUUCCUUACAAAAUGGAAAACGCAUAGAAUAUCGGCCAGGAGGAUCAGGAAUAAUUACCAAAGUGUUCAGUAGUAUGAAUCCUCCAGGAAUUGUAUCCUCCGUCAUGAUAGAUGUUCUGGAUAAGUUUCCUGUUGAAUCUGAAACUGACAGUCCUUGUACAGCAAAUACCUUAACCAUUCUGGAACCUACACGUGGCAAAACCUCAUAUCGCCUUCUACUUUCUAAUGCAGGUACUUCUGUAUUUAGGGCAUCUGAUGCACAGAAGACAGUGGUGAUUCCAGGCUCUAGCAGUUUAUUCAUCACUAAGGUGUUGGACGAUCAGAACGCGUUAGGAGAUGCCACUAUGCCUGAGAGAGUGCUUCUAAACAAAUCUCUUCCUCCUAACCAUUGGUUUAUGUAUGACUUUGGCACAAAAAAUGGUAGAAAAUGGAAAAUUGUAGUUGACACAUGUAGGUAUGUAAUACAACAGUUUGAUGAUCUACCACUCCAUGCCAUUAAAUACCUGGAUCUUGGAUCAAAACUGCAUUUUUCAUUCCGAGCAACUCCAGUUAAUACUGCUUACCUAGUACUUUAUAGGCAUCUGAUGAGGGUAACAAUCGGAAGGCCUUCCCUACUGGAUGUGACUACAGAAGAUUACUGGGAUGACAACUAUAGUUACAUGAUCAAUAUCACUGCUCAAAGUAAAUUUUUUCAACAGGGUAAAACUACCUUAGCUGUGACAAUGCCAUAUGCCAGUCUCUCAUGUGAUGUUGUAUGUAUUAUAUUAACCUUGAAGAAUUCCUGCUCCUACCUUAAAGCAAUGCACUAUGUUCUGCCUUACAAACUGUCCAAAUCAGACUGGCUAUCUGCGGAGGAUAGCUUCAGGCACAACAGUUCACAGAUGAGUAAAUAUUUGAAGGUUCUGCCGGUAAACUAUAGACCACCAUCUAAUUUGGGAAUUGCUGUUCCACUCACAAAAAAUUUUUAUAAUGCAGACCCCAGCAAACCUAGACUGAGAAAUUAUUUUCAAGGAUCAAAGGCCUCUGGAAAGUACAAACAAUGUGCUAACAAGUCAAACCGAGCUGAGUGUCAAUGUGAUAUUAAUAUGAAGCUGUCGUUUUCUGUUGCCUUUUCAGACUGUAAAGAGAAGGCUCUGCGAAUGAAAUUUCCAGUACUAAAUCUUCCACUCUAUUUUGUUGUUGAGGAUGAGGGUUAUUCUGUAAACCUGACAUCUCCUUAUUUUGUCACCAUAAAAGAAAUAAACAACAGAGUAAACUGGAAAAUUCCAGGUACCAAAAAAACAUCAAGUAUGUUAAAACUAAGAAAACAGUUGAAGUCUACUGUCAAAAUCAAGGUGUAUAAUCCAGAAGGGCUAACUAUAUCAUUAAUUGGAUCCGAGCUUUUUCAUUUUAGAGUAUCCACUAUUCCUGGAGUCUCCUUUUGUAAUUUAUUUGAUGAAUUUCAGAUUUAUGUUGAUGAUUCACCACUGGCUUUUCCAGGACAGUACCUCAUCGGUACCAUUGUAGCCAUGUCAGUCGGAGGCAUUCUCUUUGUGGCCUUUCUUCUGCACACCUAUGAAAUCCAGAUAGGGAAAUUUUUAAAGAGGAAACUAAACAGAAGCAAAGUAGAAUCAAAAACUUCAGUUGCCACAGCUUCAGAAACAUCUAGUGCUAACACUGAAUUGUAAUUGCUGGAACAGUAUUCUCACUUCCAUGCCAAUAUGUGGCUGUUCUUUUUUCUUAUCUGGCCCACAAGAAUUGUAGGCUUUUGUUACAGUUCUUUUUUC